AGAAGGUACCUGCUGCUGCUACAAGCCGAUUUUUGUUUCCUUUGAACAAUUUAUCGACUAGCUCCCCAUUUGUUGAUUAGUAUUCAAAAGACCGCAGAACGGCUAGGAUGGAUAAAUUGGCUCCGGCAGCGCUUGCGGUGCUCUGUUUGGCGUGCUCGGUCAGCGCCCAGCUGGACGGUGAUAACUACCGUCUGCCGAACAACAGCUACCCGGUACGGUACGACCUCGAGUUGACCACGUACGUCCACGAGGACGGCAGUGCGCGACAGUUUCGCUUCGACGGCAAAGUGAAGAUCGAGCUGGUGGUGAAGGACGAAGGCAACAGCAGUAUUACGGUGCACUACCGAAAAACCACAAUCACCCACGUGAAACUGUGGUCCACGCUGACGAAUGGGACGGAUCGGGUGCUACUGGAUGAUAAUUCCAGUUUCGUGCUGGAUCCGAAUCGGGAGUUUGUGACGGUUUCGACGCCGGGAGUGAUCCUCAAUGGGACCUAUUUUCUGGAGUUUGAAUACUACGGAGAACUUCGGGAGGACAACGCUGGGUUCUAUCGGUCGUCCUACGUGGAUGACGAAGGGAAAACCAGGUGGCUGGCCACGACACAGUUUUCCUCGACGGAUGCCCGGCAUGCUUUCCCAUGCUACGAUGAACCGGGAAUUCGAGCUCCGAUCGGACUGACGGUGAUUCAUGGAUCGAACUAUUCGGUGCUGUCGAACAAUCUACCGAAGGAAGCCGGACAAGGGCCCAUCGCCGGUUACACGCGCACCAUAUUCGAAGAUACGCCCGUCAUGCAGCCCUAUCUGCUGGGAGUUAUUGUGAGCGAUUUCGUGGCCGUAUCGGCCGUACAGUAUCCCCGGCAGGGCGUAUUUGCGCGGUACAAUGCCAUCCGCAACGGAGAAGGGGACUUCAUUUUGGAAGCCGGGUACAAGAUCCUCAAGGUGCUGGAGUCCUACCUGGAGACGGACUUCGCCCUGCCGAAAAUCUACCAGGUGGCCGUGCCGGAUUUUGCCGCCGGCGCGAUGGAGAAUUACGGAUUGGUGACCUACAAGGAGGAGAAGUUCUUCUACGACAGUCGAUCAUCCCCCAUGAGACAGAAGCACGAAAUUGCCACCGUGGUGGGGCACGAAUAUGGUCACCAGUUUUUCGGCAACAUGGUAUCCCCGGCCUGGUGGAGUUACCUCUGGAUGAAGGAAGGCUUUGCUCGAUACUUUGAAUAUCUGGCCUCGGACAUGGCCUUCCCAGAGCUCCGCAUUCGGGAAACGUAUUCUAUUCAGAAGAUGCAGAACGCUUUCGAUUUGGAUUCAUUGGGGUCGUCUCGACCAAUGACGUUCUACGUAAAUACGCAGUCGGAGAUAGCUAAUGUGUUCGACAACAUUGCUUACGAUAAAGGUGGUUCCAUGAUGCGCAUGUUCCAGCACGCCUUUGGCCCGGAAACAUUCCGUCGAGCGUUGAUCAACUACCUACGAGCCAAAGCAUUCCAAGGUGCUUAUCCGGAAGACUUUGCCAACGCUAUCCAGCAGGCUCUGAACAACGCCACGGAAGUCACCGUCCCAUCAUCCAUCACGGCAUUGGAUAUUCUCAAGUCGUGGACCGAGAAAAGUGGAUACCCAGUCAUAACCGUAUCCAGAGGAACAGAUCUACGAGUGUCGCUGAUCCAGGAACGCUACAUGCUCAAGAUCAUGGAUACCACGGAAGCUUCCUGGAUCAUCCCCUACAACUUCGCCACAACCAAGAAUCCCAACUUCAACACAACCACCGACACCAGGUGGCUUCUCACCAACAGCACAAUCCUGGCAGCCGAAGGAUGGUCUGCAACGGAUUGGAUCAUUUUCAACAAGCAACAAACGGGCUAUUAUCGAGUCAACUACGACGAACGACUGUGGAAUCUGAUCAUCGAACAGCUGAUGAGAGAUCCAACUGCCAUUCACAAUAUGAACAGAGCACAGUUGGUUGACGAUGUACUGAAUUUUGCACGUUCCGGUCGACUGGGUUACGAUACGGCUCUUAGACUGAUUGCAUACCUCGUUAGGGAACGUGACUAUGUUCCAUGGUACGCUGCCAAUAGUAAUCUCCUGGUAUUGACGAGACUGUUUGCUGGUUCACCAAAGAUGGAAUAUCUGAAGAGAUACUUGUUGACUUCGAUCAACCCGGUAUUCUCGGAACUUGGUCUGGUAACGCAACCCAGCGAUGAUCUCUUUGCCAGACAGACCAGAGAAAUCGUAUCGAUGUGGGCUUGCGCGAUGGGUUCACAAAGCUGCCUAAACAAGGCUUCGGAAAUUCUGCUGGAAUCGGUAGGGCCUAGCAAUUUGCAAGUGGAUCCAGAUCUUCGAAGUUCCAUUUACUGCGCAGGUUUGGUAAACGCCAGCGAAGACGUGUUCCUGGCAGUUUGGAAUAGAAUGCAAACGUCGAAAGAUCAGGCCUUCCGAACCGAUCUGAUCUAUGCCCUCGGAUGUACGGAGAAGGUAGAACUAAAGGAGAUGUUCUUGAACACCUCGAUCGCUAAUGAAACCAGCGGUACGAACUACUUUGGUCAGGAACGAGAACGAGUCUUCUCAUCUGUCUACAGGAACAGUAGAAAGGGGACGGAGAUAGCACUUCGAUUUUUCAUGAACAACAUCAAGAAGAUUAAUGAACUGUACAAUAAGGGCAACUUUGGUGGACGCGCCAUAGGAUCCGCCAUAACAGGUUUAUCCAAGUACAUCGUUGAUGUGGAGUUAAAUUCCCUGUUCCAAGACUUGAUCGAAAAGCUUUCCGAAGAUAACCUACUGCGUGACACAGACAUUCUACGCGCCCUAGAACAAUCCAGCGAAAACCUGCAGUGGAUUCGCUCCAAGGGAAAAGACAUAGAAGAUUGGCUAGAACUCCGCUACCCAACAUCCACGGCAGCUCCAUCUACGACGACCACAACUACCACCACCACUACUGAGGAACCUACCAGCACGACCACUCCAGAGCGCCGAACAACAACUACACUCGAUCCACCAUCAACCACAACAACGACCACCCAAUCCACCUCAACUCCCACCGCGAAGACAACAACAGAAGAAGGAGUAACUUCAACUACCGAGCAUAGCACAAGCUCACCAGCAUAUGACAGCACCACUGCCGAGCCGUACGUGGAAACAACCACGAAGCAAGAUGGUGGCGGAGCCCCGGCGUUGCAGGUAACGCUAGCCCUGUUGAUGGCAUCCGUAACGUUUAGUUUCAUGUAAGUGAUGGUACGCAGAAUGUUUACCAGAUUUCGAAUGACUUAAUAAAAUGUGUUGAUAUUUAGUUCUGACGAAUCUGAGGUGGCAGUUGAAAUUGCUCUCAGAUCAAGUCCAA